AUUUGCAGCGUCAGGUUUAUUGAUAUCUUGGUGAGAUUAGCGAUGGAUUCUGAGCUUCUAACACGCGGGCUUCUGUAUCUCUCUCUGUCUGUGGUGGGAAUCCCGGGCAACGUUGCUGUGAUCUAUGCCUACCUGAUGGCACUGCACCACGAGAAGUGUCUCCUCACUGCCGACGCCAUCGUGCUGCACCUGGCCCUGGCCAAUCUGCUAGUGGUAGGAGUUCGGUGUGUGCUUGAAACUUUUGCUACCUUUCACAUUGCGAACGUUUUCGAUGACACCGGUUGCAAAGGCGUCAUUUUCGUCUACAGGACGGCCCGGUCACUUUCCAUCUGGCUCACCUUUGUGCUGAGCACCUACCAGUGCCUGAGCAUCGCACCCCCGGGGUCACGCUGGGCGACCGCCCGGGAGCUUUUCACCCGUUUCCUUUGGCUAAUCUUCUUGGUUGUGUGGAUCAUUAACAUCUCCGUAAGUUCUCCAUCCAUCGUCUUCGCCAUGGGCGCCAAGAACAACUCCAAGCUUCUCCAGAACAGCAUCAACGUGCAGUUCUGCUUCAUCAAUUUCCCAUCGGUGAGCGUCAAGGACGCUAACGGCGCAGCACAGACAGUCAGGGACGUCGUACCCAUGGCUUUCAUGACUACCACCAGCCUCAUCAUUCUCGUUUUCCUCUACAAACACAGCCGUCAUGUCAGAGCUAUCCGUGGUGCAGGAGGAAGUUCUGCCGAAAGCAGGGCAGCCGUUACUGUUGUCACGUUGGUGACGCUGUACGUCAUGUUGUACGGAGUGGACAACGGACUUUGGGUUUACACCAUAAUCAUCAAGCAGACUAUGUCGUCUGCGCUCAUGUCAGACCUGCGCAUCUUCUUUUCGUCCCUGUUCGCCGCCAUGAGCCCCAUCAUUAUCAUAGUGUCCAAUAAAAAGGUGAACAAAUACGUGAGGUGUUGCGGCGGGGAGAAGACGUCCGGCUGA